CAGACCUGCUGCUGGCUUAGAGGGUGUCAGAAGGAGGUGAAGAAGAUCCGGGGGAGGAGGAGCGCGGUGAUCCAGACGGACAACCAGCACUUGAAGCUCACCUGCAUAAGGAGUGACCCCUACAUCCUGUGUUCCAACUUUGCUUUAAGAGUAGGGAUUGUAAGCUUUCUGCAGGAUGGAGCGUGGACGGGACAUGGGCUUGUUUCUUCUCCGGGUGCUCUCGCUGCUUUGGUGGUGCAGGGCGCCAAGUGGAGUGUGGAGCUUCAACCUUUACGCACAGCAUCCUACGGUGUACCGAGGACCCAGUGGGAGUUAUUUCGGUUACUCAGUGGAUUUCUAUCAGGCUACCGCCAACAGCAACACGUUCAGUGUGUUGGUGGGGGCUCCCAAGGCCAACGCCUCCCAGUCCAGCAUUGUGGAGACUGGGGCCGUCUACUACUGCCCCUGGCCUGGACUACCUGACAGCUGCAGAGAGAUACCUUUUGACAACUCCAAUACCCGCAUGAUAAAGGUCAAUGGCAGCAGGGAGCCCCUGGAGUUUAAAUCCCACCAGUGGUUUGGAGCGUCAGUCAGGACACACAAAGGCAAAGUAGUGGCGUGCGCUCCUCUCUACCACUGGCGCACUGUGAGGCUGAGCGGGGAAAAGGAUCCAGUCGGUACCUGCUAUGUGGCCGUCCAGAACUUCAGUGCCUACGCGGAAUACUCGCCGUGUCGAACCAAUGAACCGGACCCAGACGGGCACGGCUUCUGCCAAGCUGGCUUCAGUGUGGAUUUCACCAAGGAAGGAAAGUUGGUGGUAGGAGGACCUGGAAGCUUUUACUGGCAAGGUCAGGUGAUGACAGCAGGCGUAGCGGAGAUACUGAACGGCUACUCUUCGAAGGCCCUGCUCAGACGAGUGUCAGGAGAGAAACACACUACUGCUUCUGAGGACAAGCAUGAUGACAGUUACCUUGGUUACUCUGUAGCAGUGGGGGAGUUCACAGGAGAUUCUGAACAAGAGCUUAUAGCCGGGGUGCCCAGAGGAGCCCAGAACUUUGGAUAUGUGGUGAUUAUCAACUCCUCCAACCUGACCUUCAUCCAGAACUUCACAGGGGAACAGAUGGCCUCUUAUUUUGGCUACUCUGUUGCUGCAACCGACUUGAAUGGCGACGGGAUGGAUGAUGUGCUGGUUGGGGCCCCCCUCUACAUGGAGAGGGAAAUGGAGAGCAAGCCCAGAGAGGUGGGGAGGGUCUACUUGUACCUACAGACGGCCUCGCUCACCUUCACCAAACCUGUGGCCCUCACCGGCAUGCACACCUUUGGACGCUUUGGAACGGCCAUAGCACCUCUGGGAGAUGUCAACAACGAUGGAUACAACGACGUGGCAGUGGGUUGUCCAUUCGGAGGCGAGGAGCGUGGAGGUCGAGUGCUGAUCUUUAACGGCCACAGGGAUGCAACUACGCGAGGCCUAACCAUGAGCCAAGAGCUGAGAGCAGCCGUGGCCCACACCGGUGGUCUGCCUGGGUACGGCUUCACCCUCAGAGGAGGCCAGGACCUGGACCACAAUCAGUACCCAGACCUGAUCGUGGGGUCAUUUGGUGCAGGAGAGGUGGCUGUGUACAGGGCUCGUGCUGUUGUGUCUGUGGAUGCUGAAAUGAUCCUGACGCCAAGGAUCCUUAAUCCUGAUGACAGACAGUGUCACCUACCCCACACAGACGCCAGGGUGACCUGCCUGAAGGUGGAUGUGUGUGCAGAAGUGGGUGGAAUGGGCAUCCCCAGCUCUGUGGACCUGAGAGCAGAGCUGCAUUUGGAUUGGUUGAAAGGCAUGCGAGGAGGUGUGAAGCGUGUCCUUUUCUUGGACACUCAGCAGCCUCAGCUCACUGGACUCCUACCGCUGGGUCACAACCAUCCGAAAGCCUGCCUCAACUACACCAUUUAUCUGAAAGAGGAAGAUGAGUUCCGGGACAAAUUAUCUCCCAUCUCAUUGGCUCUGAACUAUAGCUUGGCCCCUUCCACUCAGGGCCAAGCGCUGCCACCUGUCCUAAACUACUACAGCAGCACCUUCCUGCAAGAACAUGCUUACAUUCUCCUGGACUGCGGUGACGACAAUAUUUGCAUCCCGGACCUCCAGCUGUCUGCCAGCAUGGACCACUCUGAGCUGGUGAUUGGUGACGACAAUCUGCUCAUGUUGACCGUCAGCGCCGCAAACCGAGGAGAGGGAGCCUACGAGACGGAGCUCCAUGCACUGAUCCCACCAGAGGCCGACUACAUUGGCGUGGAGAGAAGAGUGGAGUCUCUAGAUCAGUUGAACUGCGAGUACAAGAUGCUGAACGAGUCCAGGAUGGUGGUGUGUGACCUGGGCAAUCCCAUGGUUACCCAAACAGAGGUCUCUGUUGGUUUGCGGUUUUCUGUCCAAAGGCUAGAAGAUGCUGGACCAAAGAUCAGCUUCGAGCUACAGAUCCACAGCUCCAACAAAGACAACCCUGAUAGCAACCCAGUCAGCCUCAAUCUGGCCAUCGUUGCCAAAGCUCAGAUUGAUUUACGAGGGGUGUCUCAUCCCUCUCAGGUGGUGCUGCCGUUCCCACGUUGGGAGCCCAAAGAGAAACCUGUCAAGGAGGAUGACGUGGGUCCUCAAGUGACGCACAUCUAUGAGCUCCACAACUCGGGUCCCAGUAGUAUUAGGGAAGCUGAGGUUGAGGUCGGCUGGCCUGCCCGUUUCCGUGAUGAGAACCUGCUGUAUGCCAUGGAGAUUAGAACUGAUGGACCAAUUAGCUGCCAGACGAAUAGCAGCCUCAACCCACUCAGCCUUCAGAUAACAACCCUCCAAGACACCCCCGAACUCCUGGGCUUCUUGAGGAACACCAGCGCCCCUCCUCGCCGCCACAAGCGAGCCGCUAAAGCCCCCCACAGUCACAGCGGUAAAACCCUGAACUGCACUAACAUCUCCUGUCUGAGGAUCACAUGCAUAGUGGGUCGCUUGGAUCGCGGCCAGAGUGCAGUGCUUAAGGUCCGCUCCAGACUGUGGGCGCAUACGUUCCUGCAGCGGCGUAAUGACCCCUACAUUCUCAACUCCACCGUGUCCUUCACGGUCCUAGCCAUGCCUUAUCGGGUCCAGCCCCCCACCCUGCUUCAACGCACCAUCUCGAUGGGGACACCAGUGAUAUGGGGGACACCAGAUGUGUCCUUUGCCGUCCCACUGUGGGUCAUCAUCCUGGCUAUACUGCUGGGGCUGCUGGUGCUCGCCAUGUUGACACUCGCCAUGUGGAAGUGUGGUUUCUUUGACCGGGCGAGGCCACCAGCUGAUGACAACAUCUCCGACCAGGAGCAGCUGACAUCCGAUCAAACGGGGGAUGCCUAAAAAAAAAAAAAAAAAAGAGAGACUUGUAACACAUCUUAAUAGGAGAACUGUGGAUUUGGAGGAACGUGCACCUUCUGACUGAAAUGAAUCAGAUCUAGGAUCUAGAGUCACUGGAUCUGACAUUUUGCCUCUCUUGCCAACAAGCUGGCCUGAAAGGAUGGCGUAAUUCUCUGGAUCAGGCGGGUGAGAGGCCGCCACAGACUGAUGUUGACAUGUGACGGUGCGGGACCGAAGCACACAUCAGUGGAACACGUUUGGGAUUGUUUGCCCGUGUUGAUGAAGGAGCACAGUCCAGGUGGUCACUCUUUGGGUAAAUGAGGCACAGAAAGGAGGCACAGGGAGGCUGCAUUCGUGCUUAUGUGAAUGCACCAGCCACAAUAUUAGGUACGCCUGCACAGUCCUAUCAGACCUCCAAGGCUGGACACCUGUGUCCUGUAAGCGUGCACCGUCUUCCUUGGAUUUACGUUGUUGCAAUCAUAAGAGCUUUUCUUCCUGCCACUCACACGCACCCGUCACCUGGCCAGGUUGAGCAAGUUGGUCGAGAGAUUUAUUCAUGCACGGCAGCAUGUGGUGCCAAACCACUUCUACCAAAGCCAGUCAGAGCUUUUCUGCCUGUCACUCACGGAUACCAGUGAUUUUACCAGAUGGAUUUUAAGGAGACAGACUUUCAUAGCAGUCGUUUAUGUUGUGCAGGUGUACCUAAUGAAGUGGAUUGUUUGUGUGGAUGUAUAUUCAUAAACACGUGCAGGUACUGUACAUAUUGCAUUCAUAUAUAUGUGUGUGUGUGUGUGUGUGUGUGUGUGUGUGUGUGUGUGUGUGUGUUAAGUUGUGGUCUCUUUCUCAAUCGUCCUCUCUUCCCCUGCAGCUGGGUGCCCCUUGAUGUGGCAAAUGGGGGGGUCUGGUUGCAUGCUGAUGUGUGUGUGUGUGUGUGUGUGCGUGUGUGCGCGUGCGUGUUGCACACAAACAGAUGCAUUAACAUGAAGGCACAAAAGCAAAUGUGUAUAUUUAUGAAUGUACGUGCAAUAUUCGGACAUUGCGUGAUAACUGAAGCUUGUUUACACUGGCAUUAUUUUAUCAGAGCUUAAUAGUGUUGAUGUACAUACUGUAAGUGAUUCGUGGGUAUGAUAGUUUUGCUAAAGAACGAAGAACAGUUGAUGAAGUGUGUCUUAAGACUCGAGCGUUUAAAGGUGUAUCGUGUUGCGUUUGCAACGUCUCAGGAAGAACUCUUGCUUCCCCUGGUGGCGAAAAGAAGCAGUGACCCGAGCUUGAUGUUAGGCUAGACAGCGCCCUCUUGUGGCCACAAUCUGGACCGUAACUGAAAAAUACAACAUUGAAACGCUGAUAUUUAAAUUGUGUCAGCAAAUAUAAAAGUAACAAAUAAAUAUAUAUGUAUAUAAAUACAAAAUAAAACUAUUUUGUACAUCCAUUACUAUUUGCCAAUUAAUCAAACAGGACUGAAUGUAGAAAAUAAGAACCAUUUGUGAAGCAAAAAUAUUGUCAUUAUGAAUAUGAAUUUAUUAUUAUUGAAAGGACUGUAGCACACAUUUAUUAGGAUUUUAUAUAUUUGUCACCCUUUUGUAGGUCAAGGAACAAAAUAUGAAAAAAACCUAACAAAAAUAAAUAAUAACUUAAAAUAAUGAAAUACAAUUUAAAUAUAUUGGUCUGGCAUUCAUGCAAGUAAAAUGAUUGCAGCAAUGCUUAUAAUGAAUAUUUUUACAUUUGCAUUUUGUAGUUUAUUCAGUUCUUUUUCAUAUUCUUUUUAUUUUACAGCACUUUGAGCCGCAAGUGUUGCGGAAAAUCUGCUACAUAAACACCACAAAUACAUAUUUUUUAUUUUCUUUUAUAAUGUUGCACAUACAUUGUUAAUGAAGUAUUGUCAGUGAAUCAAACAGCACUGAGAUGCAGAAAAUAAGAACCAUUUUUUAAGCUAAAUAUUUUUAUUAAUGUUAGUUUAUUAUUAUUAAAAGGCCUGUAAGCACACAUUGUCGCCCUUUAUAAGUCAAGGAACAGAAUUUGGUAACUUGGGUAAAAACUGACCCCAGAUUCCUCACAAAACAUCAAAACCUAAGAAAAAUACACAAUAAUAAAUUGGUAAUAAUUACAAAAUAAAAUAAAAGUAGAAUACUGUGUAUUGGUGUGUCAUGCAUUCAAGUAUAUUGAUUACAGAAUUGUUCAUAAUGAAGUUACACAUUUAAUGAAGUAUUUCAUUGCAUUUUUGAUAGCGAAUCUUAUAGCUUAUUUUGUUGUUUUUCAUAUUAUUUUAAAUUGUACAGCACUUUGAGCAGCAAAAGUGGUGGACAAUUUGCUAUAAAAACACCAGAAAUGAAUUUCUUCUAUUUGAAUGGGUGCCCUUAAAAGGUUAAAGAUGCACUUUUUGUCACAAAACGAGUUUGCAGGCGAUGUAAACGUCAAGGAGGGAAAAGGUUGUUGGAAACGAGCUUGUGGGUUUAUAUGACACGCACUGGACUUGUGAAUUCAAGUCAUGACAGGUCAGUACCUGUACAGUACAGUAUAUGGAUGGAGUACAAAAGGAUGACAAGAGAAAAAGACCCAUUCACUUCAUUUAGACUCUUUAUUUCUUUUGUAUAUAUUUCUUCAAAUUGUAAAUCAAACAUUGUUAAGUCAAGUUGAACAGUUUCUGACUAGCAAACCUCAACACCAUCAAAAACAGGGAGGGGGGGACAUUAUUGAUACAUAAUAAACUGCACUGUAGUAGGACAUUGAGUAGGGUACUAUAGCUGAAACAGAUCCCCGAUUACAAAAUACUUUUACAAAGUCAGUGUAUGGGUGCUUUUUUUGUAAGAAAGAAAGUGCUCUUACUGCGUGUUUGAGCUGAAGCUGUCAUUUGUUUGUCUUAAACAAGGGAUGAUAUAGUGUGGAUAUCCUGCCUCCAUAUCCCCGACACACUGGAAGACGUUGGCUAUUUACAAAUUGAAAGGUGCUGCACAGACGUCUUUGUGCACACCCAUACAACGUAGGUCAAAGUGCAAUGCGGUAAUCUACCAUCUUCAACAUCACGAUGAACAAUUGGGUCAUUUUGAGGGCGUUUGAUUGUGUCAAUCUGUCACUGAAAGGGCAAGUACAGGGGGGUUUUUCAAGUGUGGCACGGUGACAGAAUAUAAUACAGCUGUGGCCACCCCAGAUUAAGUUUACUCUUUCACUGUAAGAACUAAAAAUCAAUUGCUUUUGACCUUUAAAUGUAACUUGCACCCCACACUUUAAAAAAAACCCUUGGCUAACGUACAGUAUAUCCAGGUUAAACAUGGCCUAAGUAAAGCCUUAAAACGCUUGGAUAAAUAAAUAAUGUGUAAAAAAUACGCUUUUUAACCACGCACUAAUUUUUGGCCAAGCCGCAACGCUUGGUAUUUUAUUUAAUACGAGUAUAUCUACCAACUAUUUCUGUUUGGGUCCAGUCUAUUUGUUGGAGAAACGCUGCCUGCCGUCAUACAUGCAAGGCCACAAGCUCCUGGUAAGCAACUUUUUGUAUAAAACACAAUACAACCUUCAUCUUUUUAAGGUCAAUUCUUCUUUUCAGAGCUCUCCUAGGAGCAAAUGUAGUUUAUUUGUUUGUAUUAAUUGUAUAUGCUAAGCUAUUCUAGCUAGCUGCUAGCUACACUGUAGUAGUGGCAUUCAAAUGCUAGCUUCCAUGACCAAAAAGCAAACCUAAGAGUAAAGGGUAUAAAAUUCAUAACUUUGAGGGUACCACGCCACUGACCAGCUAUUUUAGCCCUAAAAUGUACAACAAUGUACUUUUUUCUUUGUUUAUGGCUUCAUUUGUACUGUCACCACUAUUUGUUUUUGCGUCAACCUGGCAUGUGAUUGAUUUAGCUGCGUAUUAGAGCAACACUGAGAAGAAGCCAUCAUCAUCAAUCACCAUGCUACCAGAAUUCAACUGGAAUGUUACAAGUCACAGUUUUUGGAGGAAAAAAAGUCCUAAUUUUGCAAAGAAAAAGUGCUAAAGGUAAAGUCAUAGUAGUAUACGUUAACCUGGGUGAAGGUGAGGACGAUUGAGGGUGUUGUCAAAUGACACUUUUUCUUUUUUUUAAUUUUUUUUUUGUCUUUCGGCUCUUUCCCGUCAGGGGUCGCCACAGAAAAUCAAGUUCUACUUUAUGGUUUAGCCUCUAGUCUAUUUCUGUUUUCAAAAAUUAAUAAACAAUUGCUGUUGUGUGUUUGCCUACGUCCCAAAUUUAGCAUAAGAAAGGCUAAAUGAGCGCAAAUACAAAUACGCUAUAAGACCACCAUACAACUUGUGAAUGUAGCGUCCUACAUUGGUCACUAGGUGUCAGUAAUUGUUCGGUGAGACAAGCACCAGACUUGAUCGUUGGAAAUUAUCUCACAAUAGCGCACAUUAAUAAUAAUAAUCAUCAUCAUCAUAAUAACACGGGUUACUGUUGCGGCCAUAACCCACAAUAAGCUAAAACUCAAGUCUGAACUCCUGACGCCACUUCCUGUACGCCACCGAUUCUGCUCCCCUACGAGGUAAACUGUUGGGUAAUCAUGUCAAACAAUGUAUUUAGAAGAUCGUAAACAGGUUUUCUAUGCCAUAACUAUGAAAAUAUUCCAUUUAUGAAGAAGAAACCCUACUUCGCAGAAAAUCCCUUAUCACGGUCGGGUAUGGAACCAAUUAACUGUGAUAAAUGAGGGAUUACAGUAUUGGUUCCCCCCUGGACCCACAUCUACUGCGAAAUAUAAAUUAUCACCAUAAUAUUGACAUUAAUUCUUUUUUUUCUAUGCUGCUUAAUCCUCAUUUGGCUCGGGGGGGUAUGCUGGAGCCUAUCCCAGUUUGGGCGAGAAGCGGGGUACACCCUGGACUGGUUGCCAGCCAAUCGCAGGGCACAAACAAUCAUCCGAUUUUAUACGUCACACCAGACGCUUGUGCCGAGGUCAUUUAGCAUCACGUACCACUUCACUGGGCUCUGUUGUUAUGGCUGCUUUGGACAUUCACUACAUUCAUUACCCUAUAAAAUAGUCAUUUUUCCCCAAAAUGUGUCUUAAAAAAACGUCCUAAAGGUCGUCGUGUAGUCGAGCGAUUUAUGCACGCGAACCAGAAGGUGACGCCAAACAAUUUCUCCCCCUAAGCUAGUGAGAGCUUUUCUUUCGGUCACUCACGCACACACAAAGAAGUUGUUAUUUCACUGAUGUUGAUAUGUCUUUGGAAAUAUUUGUCCAAAAACAGGUCUCUGAAAAAGAAGGCUAGUCUAAUAAUUACAUUAAGCCCCGCCCAGGAGCCAAGAAAUAUGAUGGAAAGAAUUCUUUUGCAAAAACAAAUACCUCCAUUUUUUAUCAUUUUUUUUAAUCCAACUCUGAUCUGAUCAUUUUUACCUUAAAUGCACAACAAAGAAAAAUUAUACAAACCUUGAGGUGCCUGUUUUUGCAUAUAAAGUGUUCAUAUACCUGUAUGUACAAUACAGCAUAUAUACUGUAUAUAGUAGUCCCUCGUUUAUUGUGGUUAAAUGAUGCCACAAAGUAGGAGUCCUUAUUUAUAAAUGAAAUAUUUUCGGAGUUAGAGCAUGGAAAACCUGUUCGAGACCUCUACAUACGGUUUUUAACAUUAUGAGAGCCCUCUAGAUACGAAAUAACACCCCUAUAGUCACCUUUACACUCGCAUUACCCAAUAUAGUAGACAUGAUAAGAGUACAUAAGACAUUUAAGACAUAAAUAAAACAUGUGCUCGUGUGUUCUGUAGCAAAUGCGUUCCGGAUGUGUGGAGGACAGGAAGUGACGUCGGAGAUUCUGAGUUGAGUUUUAGCUUGCGGCCAUAGCGGUGGCUCGUGUUGUUAUUGUGAUUGUUAUGAUUGUUAUUCUUUUGUGAGAUCAAUCAAACCUGCAAUGAAAGCCUGUUGUUCUGGCCAUGAAGUCUGGUAUGUUUCACCAGACAUUACAGGAACAUUACUAACACCUGGUGGCCAGUGUACAGUACUACAUAUCACAAUUUGAAUGCGUCGUCUUAAUGCCUUACCUUUGUAUUUGAGCUCAUUUUGUAUUUUUAUACUUGAAAAUGCUUAAUUUAGGCAUUAAAUAUUACAAUACGUAACAUUUGCUUAAAUAUGCUUCUUUUUUUAAAACUAAUAAGAGGCUGUAUUCAACCACCAAAACAGCAUGAUUUAUUAAUUCAUUAU